AUGUCGCCAUUGCGUCGCUGGGCGACUGUGCACGUUCGAGAUCGCUGUGCGACAGCCUGCGACGUGGACGGUGCCGCCGGGCAUGGCGUUCAAGCACGAGCUGGCGGUGCAGCUGUUGGGACCGUCGCUCUUGUCGUUCGGUCCGGAUGCGGCUCUUUAAACUAUUCCGCUUCCUUCACUCACGCGCAUGAGCACGACAUGGCGCAAUGGAUCCUCGCCGUCCGUCCCAGCAGCACGGCCAUGACCAGCAGACUUCCAGCAGCCCGGGUUCAGCAGGAGCAUUCCUUCUCAUUGUCCGAGACAGCAAGGGGGGGUGCAGGGGCUGAUGGAGCGUUGGGUUCGGCCUGUGAGCACGGCGCCUCUCACGGCCGCUGGCUGAGGGAUGGCAGCACUGGAAAGUACAGGUGGGAGUUCUACCCGUGCGCCCCUCCUCUUCUUCCGCUGCCCCACUGGGUCUCCGCCUUGGCAUCACGUGGAAUCAGGGAGAAAAAUUUCGUGGGCGACUCACACCAGCGCUUGCUGAUGCUGCACCUUGCCUACCUCUUGACACACAGCGUCAAUGACUCCCAUGUGGGCUAUCAUGGGGAUAUCUCCAUCGCUGUGCCUGGCCCUGCUCCAGCCUAUGAUACUGCACCACGGGGAGAUGAUGUGGCGUUGGGCGUGCGAGGGGGGCUUAGGGGGGGAAGUGUGGAUGAGCAGUUCGGAUGCGAGCGAAGGGGCUUUUUCUCUGGUAGGCAGGACUCCUUUCCCAACAUCUCCCUCACGGCUGAUGUCACAAUAAUAGACGCUGGCACCUGGUCCGGCUGGCUCUGUGAGGAGCCUGAGAGAGCCUACAGUGUUCACCUGCCGGCUUUUCUUGAAUGGGCGAUUGGACAGAGGCGUAACGCAGAGGAGCACCACCAGAGUGAGUAUGCAAAGCUACAGACGGCAAACCUUGAUGUCGCGCGCAUGGCGGUGUCGUUCGAGGGCGACGACGUGCGGCAGGGCGUGCCGGAGAACCUCGAGAACCUCGUCGCGCCGCACAUCGACUCCUUCGACUAUUUCGUCGAGCGCGGGUUACCAGAAGCUGUUCGCCUGAUUCGACCUGUCGAAGUGCACGACUCGUUCAGGAAGCUCAGAUUCUACUUGUGGUGGGAGAAUCCGAGCAUCACAAAGCCUUUUAGCGAGGAUGGCCAGCACCGACCCGUUUACCCCUCAGAGUGCCGCCAGGCGGGCACCACCUACCGGGGCGACUUCCGCAUCGACCUCUGCGUCUCCUACUUUGACGAGGAUGAUGACGUGGCGCUUGCUGACGUGGCCAAGGGCCCCAUGCAGCGGCAGCAGCUAAGCCUGGGGAGGGUGCCAAUCAUGGUCAAGUCGGGCUCAUGUCAUCUGCGCCACCUCACACAGGAGCAGCUCGUGCGGCGCAAGGAGGAGAGCAUCGAGCUCGGCGGCGUGCAUGUGGUGCGGAGAAGCGUGCAUGUGGUGCGGAGAAGCGUGCAUGUGGUGCGGAGAAGCGUGCAUGUGGUGCGGAGAAGCGUGCAUGUGGUGCGGAGAAGCGUGCAUGUGGUGCGGAGAAGCGUGCAUGUGGUGCGGAGAAGCGUGCAUGUGGUGCAUGCAUCACACGGGCAGCACAGUCCCCUUCCUUCCGCUUUCCAACUCCCUCUCCUCCCUCUCUUUGUCCCACAGGUGGGCCAGCAGAUCAUAACGGACCUAGUGCUAGUGCAUCUCGACAAGCCCAUGGACAAGCUGCGCCUCCUCGUCUUCAUGCUGCACAAGCUGUGGUCGAUGGUGGACGGGCUAUCCCAGGAGGACUCACAGGACACGCUCAUGCACCACGAGCUCUUCCUGCCGGGCCACAUCCUCAACAACUUCAUCAAGGAAAAGCUUCAACUGCACCUGCACAAGAUCCAAGCGCAUGCCGCCCAGGAGCUCGUGGACAACCCCACCACCACGGACCUCCGCGCCUCCAACUGGCUACGCCGCCUCGUCGAGGGCGGCACCGCCGCCCGGGCAGGGGCGGCGCCGGCGGGCGGGCUGGCGAUGACGUUCAUAGGGAAGGACAUUGAGUACAUGCUGAACACGGGGAACCUUGCUAGCCCGUCUGGGCUGGACAUGACUCAGAGGUCGGGGUUUACUAUCGUGGCGGACAAGCUCAACUGGCACCGGUACCUGUCUCACUUUAGGUCGGUGCAUCGAGGAGCGUUCUUCUCGACUCUUCGGACGACGGCUGUGCGCAAGCUGCUGCCAGAGUCGUGGGGGUUCGUGUGUCCCGUGCACACACCAGACGGCGCCCCCUGUGGCCUCCUCACCCACCUGUCUGCCCCUUGCACUGUCACCACCGACCUCACCCCCCCUCCCCUCGCCUCCCCCUCCCCCUCCGCCCCCUCCUCCGCCUUAGCCCUCCUCCCCUCCACACCUUCCUCCGCACUCGUCCCCCACACCCCCCCCACACCUGCUGGAACUCCCGGAGCAGCCUCCCUUACCUCGGGGCUAGGUUCGGGGGUAGGCUCGGUGAAGUCCCGCGAUGCGAUUGGCCGAGCGGUGCUGCGGUGUCUGGCGCCGUUUGGGCUGGCGGCGGUGGGGGCGGGGGUGCCGCCCCCUGCGCCGCCUCCGGUGUUUCUGACAGUGAUGGUGGAUGGGUGCGUGCUUGGGCACAUUCACUCGGACAUGGCACCGGGUGCUGUGAAGCACCUGAGGUGCCUCAAGGCUACGGGCGAGGCCGGGAUCCCUCGGGACCUAGAGGUCGCCUACAUCCCAUUCUCCCAGCAAGGAACCUUCCCGGGCAUCUUCCUCUUCUCCGCUCCAGCUCGCUUCGUUCGUCCUGUGCGCCAGCUGCCCUCGCUCAACCCCAGGGCCGCUGCAGCCCCCACAUUCGAGCUCAUCGGCAGUCUAGAGCAGGUCUUCCUCGACGUGCUCUGCCCCGAUGGUUCGUCGUCCCCUUCCGCCCCAUCCGGCCAAGCUACAGCGGCAGGUUCGGCGACGCACGAGGAGGUUCGGCCGACGGAUAUCCUGAGUGUGAUGGCGAGCCUGACUCCCUGGUCCGAUUACAACCAGAGCCCCCGCAACAUGUACCAGUGCCAGAUGGGCAAGCAAACGAUGGGCAUGCCGCUGCACACCUUCCCCUUCCGCAACGACAACAAGCUGUACCGCCUGCAGACCCCUCAGACGCCCAUCGCACGCACGGCGGCGUAUGACGACUAUGCCAUGGACCAAUACCCCACUGGUGCCAACGCGGUCGUUGCGGUGCUGGCUUAUACCGGCACGGCAGCGUAUGACGACGACUAUGCCAUGGACCAACACCCCACUGGCGCCAAUGCUGUGGUGGCCGUGCUGGCUUACACCGGGCAUGUGCUUACAUCGGGUUUGUGCCUAUGCCGGGUAUGUGGGGUUUGCUGUAAGGGGGAUGGUGAGAGGUGGGGCAGCACGGCAGUGUAUGACGACUACGCCAUGGACCAAUACCCCACUGGAACUGAUGCCGUGCACAUCACGAGCGGUGAAGUGUAUGCAUGCAAGGUGAACACGGUGACAGGCAAAGCGGACGAGAUAAAGCUCAAGGGGUCAGAGGAUGCCGUGGUGGAUGGCGUCACGCUCAUCGGCACCGGCCCCAAGACAGCGCUCACUAAGUGGCGUGCAGGUGGGAUAAAGCUCAAGGGGUUAGAGGAUGCAGUGGUGGAUGGGGUUACGCUCAUCGGCACCGGCCCCAAGACAGCGCUCCCAAAGCCUCAUGUUCCCAUCUCACUGCCUGCACCCCUCUCUUCGCCUCUGUACCCCUCUCUUCGCCUCUGCACCCCUCUCUUCGCCUCUGUACCCCUCUCGUCGCUUCUGUACCCCUCUCUUCGCUUCUGUACCCCUCUCUUCGCCUCUGUACCCCUCUCUUCGCCUCUGUACCCCUAUUUCCCCCGCCCCCAGGCAUCUGUGAGGCUCCGCCUCCGUGCGCAUGCGCUUUGGGCGCUUGCCUCAAAUAGGGGACAAGUUCAGCAGUCGCCACGGGCAGAAGGGCGUGCUGUCACAGCUCUGGCCCGACGUGGACAUGCACUUCGCCUCCUCCUCCUGGGGCAUGCGGAAUUGCGAGCUGCCACCCACUCUGGAUCCUCCUUCCCCCCCACCAUCAUACCCACCUGUUCUACCCUUCUGCACCCAUCCGUACCCCCCUGUUUCCCUCUCCUACAGGCCUCCGUGCGAUUGCGUUUUGGGCGCAUGCCACAGAUAGGGGACAAGUUCAGCAGUCGCCACGGUCAGAAGGGAGUGCUGUCACAGCUGUGGCCCGACGUGGACAUGCCGUUCGCCUCUUCCUCCGGCAUGCGUCCAGACAUCAUCAUCAACCCCCACGCCUUCCCCUCGCGCAUGACCAUUGGCAUGCUCGUUGAAUCAGUAGCAGCCAAGGUGAGUCCAGCUGUGCUGAACAUCAUCAUCAACCCCCACGCCUUCCCCUCGUGCAUGACCAUUGGCAUUCUCGUUGAGUCCGUGGCUGCUAAGGUUGCUGGAAGCUUCACACCCUUGGAUCUCCCAACCCCGGCUUCAUCUGCCAAGCCUGGCCAGUCUGCCAAGCCUGCUGCCACACCUGCAGGUCCGGCGGCAGCAGCGGCAGAAGGUAGGGCGGGAGAAUCAAAUCAGCCGCAGAAUCGCGAGGAUCUGGUGGACACAUUUGGGCGGCAACUGGUGGAAAAGGGAUUCAGCUACUAUGGCACGGAGACCAUGUAUAGCGGAGUAUACGGGUGUGAGAUGGAGUGUGAGAUUUACCUGGGAGUGGUGUAUUAUCAGCGGCUGCGACACAUGGUAUCGGAUAAGUUCCAGGUUCGGUCUACCGGACCUGUGAACCCACUCACACAGCAGCCGGUGAAGGGGAGGAAGAAGGGCGGUGGAGUGCGGUUCGGGGAGAUGGAGCGCGAUGCAAUGCUGUCCCACGGCGCGGCGUUUCUCUUACACGACCGGUUGCACUCGUGCUCCGACUAUCACACCACUGAUGUCUGCUCCCUCUGCGGCUCCCUUCUAGCUCCGGCGCUGGCUCGGCCCCGAAGCGGGUCGGCCGGCUCGGAUGCAGCUACGGCGGCAGGCCUGGGGUUGGGGGCUGGUAUGGGGUAUGGGACGGUGGGGGGGGAGCUGCGGCAGAAGAAGACGGUGUGUCGGGUGUGUGGCACGGGGAAGGGCGUGGUGCGAGUGGCGAUGCCGUAUGUGUUCAAGUACCUGGCUGCUGAGCUGGCAGCAAUGAACAUCAAGCUCACUCUAGAUGUGUGA